AUGAUUGAGGGUGCGGCGCCGCCACCGACUGAGCCACGCGGGCAAAGAGAAAGCGCACUCCCGAUUGCAUACAUAAAGGCGAGGACGGCAGCUGUACGCAGAGUGACAUUAAGCGUUGUACACCGUCACGAUAGAAUGCGUACUCUAACUCCAAAUAACCUCCGAAAAAUCUCCUGUCCCCCCAUCUUUAAAACCUCAAAAGACCCCCACAGAAUUCCCUGA